UGUUUAUAAUUUUUCUAUCAUGGUACAGGUCCAAUCUGAAGGAUGUUUUAAAAUAAAAUGGGUAAAAGUCAUAAACGGUUGAGGAGAGUUUGUCUAAAGGCUGGGACCCUCCAAGUUAGUGCUGGAGAACAGGUGCUUCAGACAGAUGACCAUAAUGGACCAAGGCUGCCAGCACUGGUGGACUGCCCCAAGAACAGCCCCCUAAAGAACUUCGUGCCGAAGCCCCCACGAGGCCCCAGGCUGAGCGGUCAGGCCAAGAUGGCCAAGGUCGAAAAGAACGCCAGAGAGGCCGUGGAGUCCAGAAAGGACAGAGAGGCCAAGGCAGCGGCGAAAAAACCAAGCCACCAAGUAGUUGGUGUGUUGGCGCUGCCUCCACCUCUUCUAUCUCCAACAACCAGUUACAGUGUCCUGCCAGCUAUCAAGAACACUAAAGUGACGAAGGUGGAGACAACAGUGCCACCAGGCCCCAUGACACCUGAGGAUGAGGUGAGAAUGAACUCCUCUCCAUCUGUUGAUGACCCCCUUACCCCAGAGACCCCAGAGAGUGAUGUCACCUCCGAUGCCACUUCUCUGGCGGACACACCCCGUGAGAUGACACCUGAGAACGUAGAGGAGGCGUCUUCUCUAGAGGACUUCCUGAAGUCUCACCCUCAGAGAAAGUGCAUCAGGAAGUUCCUCAAACAAAAGAAUGUGACCAUAGAGGACCUGGAGGACAUGUCCUAUGCAUUCCUCCUGCCAGCGAUAGCUCUGCUCAGGAUCUCCAGUCCAGAAUCAUCCAACUGCUCCUUCCGGGGGUCAGGGGUGCUGAAGAUCGUCUCGGAGACGUUCCACCGGCGGAGCUCUGAGCCAAAGGGGAGGCUCAGGGGCGGGCAGCCCCCCACGCCCAAUUCUGAGACAGACAAGUAG